CGCUGGUCGUUUUUGGCUUUCUCCAACAUGGCUUCGGAAUCGCGUUUAUAUUCUUUCUCCCCGGAGACCAAAGACAAGCUGCGCAAGUUUCGGUUGGGAACAUCGAGAGCAAAGGAUCCGCAGGCUAUCAUCUAUGUGAUUGAUUCGAAGAACCAAGAGAUCCGCCCCGACGAUGAUCAAAUCUACUCAAAAAUGGAAGAUGUGGCCGAUGAGCUCCCCGAGUCGUCUCCGCGGUUUAUCCUCCUCAGUUACCCGCUGACCUUGGGAUCCGGUCGACUUUCGGUCCCGUACGUCCUCCUCUACUACCUCCCCGAGAACUGUAACCCGUCGCUGCGGAUGCUUUACGCCGGGGCGGUGGAAUUGAUGCGCAGUACGGCUGAGGUGAACCGGGUUCUGGAGGUGCAUGAGGAGGAUGAUAUCAUUUCAAUCGAGUCGAGACUCCAGGGGGACGAUUAGUAGCUUAUCGGGGUCCUCGUAUAGCAGGGAUGUUACUUGUCCGAUGCGUGUUGCUGGGAAUUGCUGGAUGUGAGCAGGUGGCUUAAUCGAUACCAGAAUAUUGGAUUUGAAUUCUUGGGCGGCGUAUUAGAUACGCAUGCCUGAAAUCAGGAUCAUGGCAACCUGGGCAGAGACUAGAAAUUGGGCGUAUGGUGUGAUUAGGUUAGAUGGUGUCAAUCAUCGCGUCAGUUAGCCAUUUAUCCACAAGGACUCGCACCCUACGGACUUAUCCUAGGCUGAGAACAGAUCUCUGGGAGCUAAUCGGGGAACAUGGA